UAACCCGUGUAAGUGGAGUGUAAAAGUAAUCAUUUGAAUCCAGAAAGCAAUCAUGGACUUCUUUAUCACCAAUUUCUUGUUUCGCACUUGGGUUAACUUUUUUCCAAUAUAUAAUCCACUCUUGCGCACAGCAUCUGGUAAAGUUAUACGAUAUUUGUUGAGAGCGACUAAAAGAGUCACAGUGUACCAUCAACCACAUCGGUAACCACCAUGGCGAACCAUAAUGACCAUUUUAAAAAACCCGUCGAUUCUGCUAAAAAAGAAUUAAUGACAAUAAUUAAAAAAAUUGACGGUCUUAAAUUAACAACGCGGGCUGUUAAAUCCUGGAAUAUUUACAGACAAUUACGGGGUACUGUGACACAGUUUCAUGUUAAACGUAAACACGUUGGAUUUAUUUUUUUUUUAUCGUGGGUUUUUUAUUAUUUUGUUAAAAAUUACAUCAAUGGUAUUCAGUACGAAAAGUGUCUAAUUGAACCACCGGAUUUAUUUCAAAAAAUUUUCCGUCCCGCGGAAGAUUGUUCCAUGUGUCAGAAUAUUCAACAGGUUGAAAAACUCGCAAAUAUUGAUCCUGAUUACUUCGAACAACGUUAUGCGUAUUCGGGAGAGCCAGUGGUGAUAACGGACGCAACUGUUGAUUGGUCAGCAUCAAAGUUAUUUUCAUUUUCAUUUUUUAAAUCGUUGUAUCAUGGCCGUGAGGCGAAUUGCCAAUUUUUUCCAUAUAAGACUGGAUUCAGAAGUCUGCAAGAUGUUUUCAAUAUGAGUGAAGAUAGAAUUUCUUUAAAACCUGGCUCUGAACCCUGGUACGUUGGUUGGAGUAACUGCGAUGAAAAAAUCGGCUCGAUUUUACGACAACACUACAGUAGACCUUAUUUCCUACCUACAACAGCAGAAAGUGAAAAAACAGAUUGGAUUUUUAUGGGAAGUCCCGGAUAUGGUGCUCCGAUGCACGUCGAUGACGUCGAUCAUCCCUCAUGGCAAGCGCAGUUAAAGGGAUCGAAACUCUGGAUUCUUGAGCCUCCCCGCGAAUGUUAUUACUCAUGUAAAAAAUUACAAGUCGUCGUUGAACCUGGAGAAAUAAUAAUACUGGAUACAAAUCGCUGGUAUCACCAAACAAAAAUAAUUUCCACAGACCUCAGCAUAACAAUAGGUGCCGAGUAUGAUUAAAAUCCUGUUCACAAUAAAAAAAAAUUUAUUAUUAUCAUUAUUUUUAACUUAUCUAUUUUUAAUUUUAAUGACCCGCAUUCAUUCACGCAAUCUUUAAAAAAGAAAAAAAACCAACGAAAAAAAAAUAUAUGUGAAUACACAGUUAGAAAUUUAGUGUAUUUGUGUUAAAAAAUUAUUUGGUUAAAUUGUUUAUGUUGAUUUACAAACAGGAAUCUGUUAAUUAAACACGGAAAAAAGAGCAGUUGAAAAAUUACAAUUUCUACAGUAAAAAAAAGGCCUUCCGGGCAAAAAUCUUUAAACAUUAAAGCUUAAACUGUAAUUUUAGAAAUUUUUCAUAGUAAUAAAAUUAAUACAAUUUUAAGCAGCAAAUUUUACAGUUUAAAUCGACAAUAUCGAGUUUGAAACUGUAAUAUUUGUUAUUUCUGUUAAAUUUACUGAUAAAAAAUGUAAUUUUUACAGUUUUAGACUCGGGGCGCUUUACUACUAUACAAAACUAUAAUUUUUCAACUGCUCUUUUUUCCGUGAACACAAACCGUUUGUGUUAUUUUACUUUAACUGAUUUUUUAUGUUAAAUGAUUAGAAAAUCUGUAAUGUAACAAAUUUCUGGUCAUUCGAAAAUUAACACAAAAUUUGUGUUUUUUAGCUAAACACUCCCGCGCUUUUUUUCAUUACUAUAACCAAGCAAAGCAUUUUAGCAGCAUUGUCUGCAAGGAAACUUGGAUUAUAAUUGACUUACAAUUAAAUAUAAUCAUAGAUAACUUGAAUAUUUUUAUCAUCAGGUUCAAUGAUUUUUUAUUCUAAUUUUACGAGAGGACAAUUUGUAGCUCCGUUUUUUAUAAAAAUAACAGAAAAUCGAAAUAAUUGUUUGGUAAAUUGACAUAAGUUGUACUACAGGCUGGCCACAAAGAAAUGAUUUCAAAAUUCCCUGAUAUUUCCCGGUUUUUCAGUAAAGUUUUUCACAUUUUUCCCUGAUUUAGAAAUUUUAUUCGUAUCAUUUAGAUAUUCAAAGUUUUUAUUAUAUUUUCAUUUUUAAUAAUUAAAUUUGAUAAUUAAAUCAUGCGAGAAACCAUAAAAAAUGCCAAUAAAAUUAAUUAAUAUUGCCUACUUUUGAGUAUUCGAUGUUAAAAAUGUAUAAGUUAAAAUAUUUAAUAAGAAGUUUUAUGAUUUAAAUAAAUUCAAUAUACACUGGUUACAAAAAUUAAGGGAUAUUAAAAAAAUUUUAAAUUUUUUAGUAAUUUUCAACAGUUUGUAACUCAAAGGGAAAUGGUCGUACAAUAAAAACAAAAAGUCAAACUGUAGCUUCAAGUGUCUAGUUUUCUGAUCUGGGUCUUUAAAUUUUUUUAUUAUGCGCGGUUACGGAGCAAUCAAAAAUCAAUCAUAAUUAUCGAAAAAAAUUUAUUGAAGCUCGAAGACCGUUUUUAAGACGACCAAAAAUUUGGUAAAUUUCUUUUUCGAUAGUUUUCUUAGGAUUACUCCGGAACCGCACAUAAUAAAAAAAUCUACAGACCAGAUCAGAAAACUAGACAUUUGAAGCUACAUUUUGCCUUUUUUGUUUUUGUCGAAUGACCAUUUUCCUUCGAGCUACAACCUGUUGAAAAUCACUUUGAAAUUUGAAAUUUUUUUAAUAUCCCUUAAUUUUUAUAACUAGUGUAUAAUUUAAAAUUUUUUAAAUUUUGAACUGUUACAAUUUAAUUCCCAGAUACUUUUCGAAAUUCCCUGAAAUUUCCAUGAUAUUUCCCAGUUGCAUUAAAUUCCCUGAGAAUUCCCGAUAUUCCCGGUUUUCCCGGUUCGUGGCCACCCUGUACCAAGGGUAGAUCAGUAUACUUGAGUUGGUUAGGUCAUGUGCUUAUAUUUAUUAGUUAAUUUUAACACGAAAAGUCUGUUAAAUUUACAAAAAAUUUGUGUUAAAGACCAACACAAACUUUAUGUGUUAAAUUAACUUUAGAAUUUGUGUAGACCCUUUGCCCCACAAGAUUUGUGUUUAAUUUAACACUAAAUUUCUUACUAUG